CUCACAGAUUGCCAGAAGACCAAUCAGGAAGCCUGGUCCCGCCUCCGGGAUGGGAAAGGGGUGGAGCCAGAGGAUAUGGUGAAGGCCACCAGCUGACUCCCCCUGCUUUCAUCAGGCCAAAGAGGGACAUCAACGAUGACCAACCGGUGGAGGUUGACCUUGCUCAGAGGGAGCAGCCGGUGAACGGUGAGAUGUGUGACGUGUGUGAGGUAUGGACGGCGGACGACCUGUUCCCGUGCCGGACGUGCACACGUGUGUUCCAUGACGGGUGUGUGCGUGAGCUGGGAUAUCUGCGCGCUGAAGCGCUGCAGGCCAUGAAGGAUACGGCACACACCACCGCUGGAUGGAGCUGCUACUACUGCGAUAAUGUGAACCUGCUUCUCACUGAAGAGGAGAUGUACAGCCUCAUGGAGACCUUCAAGCAGUGCAAGAUCAUCCCUGAAUCCUUCCUGGUGUCGGAUGAGCUGCUCCAGUACCGGCACUUUGUCUCCAAGCAACUGUUUGACAAGGACCUGACAGAUGAGGAGGAGGAGGAGGCGCUGGCCCAGUUUGCUGCUCUUGACCCGGAAAAGCGCGGCCAGAUCGAAUGGGCCGACUUCCUGUACCAUGAGUCUCUGUCUGUGCUCAGGAAGUUCCGCACAGAGAAUUCCCUGGUGCGGUUGCUGACACCGAAGGAACGGGACCGGGCUCGCGCAGUGUUCCAGAGUUUGGACCAAGACAAAGACGGGAUCAUCACAGGGAGUGAGACCCUACGGGCCCAAACAUCCUGGUUCCAGAAGCUCAGUCAAGAGCAGGAGUCCCAGUCCUGUAAUGUCAGACUCAUGGGUUUGUGUUCCCCCGUGUCCAGUAUGGGCAUCAGCCAUGUUGGCCCCAUAUCAGAGAACAGUCCAGCCAGCUCCGGCAGCGAGAGAAGCAGAGACAAAGAUGACAACUGGGCUGUGAGCUGGGACGCCUUCCUGAGAGAGAGCUCCAUCUACAUCCUGGCCGCGCGCCCCAACAGCUCCGCCAUGCACAUCCGCCUGCCUCAGUGACCCCAGUGACCCCAGUGACCCCACGCUGGGGCCCCCGUGCCCUCCACAGAGAGGACCCUGGGCCCGCACAACGACAGGGGGACACGUGAGGGGUGAAAGGUGAAAGGUGGAAGGUGAGGGGUCAGAGAUGCAGAGAGCAAGGUGGAGGAAAAAACUCGAGGAGGCGACAAACUCUAAAGACAGAGAGAUGCCACAAUGCAGAACUGAAACAAGCCAUCGACGAUAACCCUUUAUGACACCACACACACACACACACACACACACACACACACACACACACACACACACACACACACACACACACACACACACACACACACACACACACACACAAUACAACCAAUAACAGCCCACUCCCCUCCAGUGAGAACCUGAAACCCUUGUGUCUGGCCGUUGAACUGAGAUUUGAGGGGUUCAGAGCGAUGCUGCUGUGUGUGUGGGAUCACUGCUGAGGUGAGGUUUGAUAAGAGCCAUUGGGAACACUGCCAUCGUUUAAACAACUGAUCAAUACGAGGAUCGGUGGAGCUGGGGCUUCUCUGUUGCCUUUGCUCUUAUUGAAACAGGCACUGUUUGUCAGAGGCACUUACCCGCCCGCACGAUCACAGGGUGGGGGUUCAGCUCUCUCAAAUCUUACUUUAACAGGCUGCCACCCAGACAGGGCUGUCUCAGACCUGCUGCAGUUUUAACCAGGCUAUCUGCUUACAAACACACAUACAGAUACUAUACAGAUAUCAAGACUAUAUAUUGAUACAUAUUGAACGUUGUAUUUAAUCAUGUACUCUAAAAGCGAUCCUAGUUUACUGCUUCCCUGAGCUCCCUGAGUUGCUGUAACUGGUGUGAGCUGAUUUAAAGCAUCGGCCAUUUUAAAUGAAUGUCAUGAGUAGGUAGCAGGCUGGUCUGUACUGACUGAGCACUAACUCCCAGCUGAUGCAGACCUCUCCUCCUCUCUCCACCCUCAUAGAAAGCUGCUGUAUCUGGGAUUGAUCAGGCCAUGAUCAGACCCUGAUCCUGAAUCCCGACCCAAAUCUGACCCAUGCAUGUCAAUUUAUACAGACUUUCCCCCAUUUAAGUUGCGUGCUACGGAGACCCUAAGGGGACAUGGGGGAAAAAUCGUGAAAGUUUCUGGUGCGCACGUGCUCAUGAGAAAGUGUUGCGUAUGCAUGAUAAAAUAUCACCUGCGCACAUGAAAAUAUGUGUGUGCACGAGAACGUUUUGGGUGGUCUUUUAUGCGAGCCAGAUGUCACGUGAACAUGCAAUACUUUCUCAGUAUUGAUCCCUUGCUGAUCCAGCUCUAAUCUGACCCUCAUCAACCUUUAAUCCACCCCAGCCCUGGCUCUAAUCUGAUCCUGAUCAGCCUUUAAUCCACCCCAGUCCUGAAUCUAGUCUGGUCCUGAUCAGGCUUUAUUCUACCCCAGUCCGGCUCUAAUCUGGCCCUGAUCAGCUUUUAAUCCAGCUCAGUCCUGAAUCUAAUCUGGUCCUGAUCAGGCUUUAAUCCACCCCAUUCCUUGCUCUAAUCUGGUCCUGAUCGGGCUUUAAUCCAGCUCAGUCCUGGCUCUAAUCUGGCUCUGACCCAAUUUGCAGCUAGUCCCCAGUCAGCCACUGCCUGUCUGCCCUUUGUUUGUACAGGGCAAACACACUCUAGCUGAAUCUCUGAAACUGUGGAUUGUGGAUGUGUGUCAAUGCUGAGGCUUGCAGUAAGAGGCAGACCUGUCUCUCUGAGGUGUGAAACCAGUGGGCGCUGAACGGAGAUGCUAAUAGAUCGACCUGCUAAUGCCGAGCGAAAGGCUCAGUAUCCACUUAGACCAGAGGCAAACAGAAGCUUCAUUACGUCCACUAAACCAGAUCUCUCCAAAGCAGCCUUCAUGGGUUACUGGUAGCAGACAACCACCAAAACGAUGCCAUGCUAGUUUAUUUCAAUGACAUGUUUAUAGAUGUAUGUAGAGAUGUCAUGUAAUGUUCCUGCUGACAUUGUGGAAAAUCACUUCUGGUAGCACAUGUAUAGUGUCUGGGCCUGGGUAGGAUGGGGAAUGUGAAACAGAACUGAAAAUAAACGCAUGUCUUUAACCCAGUGAA